AUUUCAAAUAAAAUGAAUAAGUAAUACAUACCAGCCAAAGCACAAGAAAAAAUAUUUGGUUUAAUUCUAAAAAGACCAGAAAAUUUAAAUUGUGCUGACUGUGCAACAAAGGGACCUCGUUGGGUUAGUUUAGACUAUGGAAUUUUUAUUUGCAUGGACUGCGCAGGUUUUACUUUAUUUUUCAUUCAAUAGGAGCCCAUCGAACAUUGGGUCCAAGUGUCACUAGAGUAAGGUCGACUAAUAUUGAUGGAUGGUAUUAAGAAAAUAUUGAUAUUAUGGAAUCUAUCGGUAAUGGGACUGCAAAUUCAUAUUGGGAAAAUAAAAUGCCAAAGGAUUUCAUGUAAAUGAUUCCAAAUAUUCAUCCAAUAGCAAACCUACUAUCAAUUAAGGACUAGAUUCAUUAAUUAGAUUUGUCUAAGAGAAGUAUGUUAGAAAGAGAUUCAUACCUUAAAUAUCAUGUCCUGAUCCCAAAUAACAAUACAUACUAACCAAAUCGUAGUAUUUAUCUGAUAUUCUUAAUUAGAACAGUCAAGCCUUUUUAUUUUAAUUAAUAAGAAACAAAAGUAGAGGAACCUAAGGUAAAAUUGGGUGAUUUGAUUGAUUUAGAUGAUGACUUCUUUGGAGUUAAAAAACCAGUUGUCUAAGUGGAGGAAAUCCAAGGAUAAAAUACUCAUUAAGGUACCACUCGAUCCUUGUCACCUGAGAAGGAUUUCAGUGAAUUUGUACAAUCAACUCCAAAUAUUGAUCAACCAAUCCAUUCACUGCCUUCUCUUGAUAUACUCACACUCUACAAAUCAGAAUCGCAAUAGACAUAACAAUCAUAACAAAUAAUACCUAAUAAGAACUCGAAUUAUGCUUAUUUGUCUAAUUUGGGAUAAUAAUAAAAUAAUGGGAUUUAUAAUUAGCAAUCAAAUUAUUAACACUUUUAUUAAUAAUAACAAUUGUAGUAAUAGCAAUUCCAAUAUUAACAAUAAAAAUAAUAACAGCCAAUUCAAUCAAAUGGGCCCAUCAAUAUUAUGGAUUUAUAUUCAAAAUGAUAUUUAUUUAG